GCUUGGGCGGCGGAGGUUGCAGAUACCUCGGCGCCGGCUCGGUUCUAGGACGUGUGGGUCUGCACCGGUCGGGGGCGGCUCCCUGCUGCCUCCGAGCCUAGCUGCCUGGCCUUCGGCAUUUGCAGGCAGACACACUGCCCUCCAGAAACGAUGGGUGUCGCUAGAUCCAGCUGGGACUCUGCCAGCCCCAGGCGCUCAGUCUAAGAGAAGGGCCAUCUUCCAGCCCUGCUCUCCCUGCCUGUCAUGGCCACAUUCGGCUGCUGUCUGCAUGUCUGGGGACACAGGGCACCCAGCCCCAGCCCUGAGAAGUUAAGCCAGGCCUUCUGGCUCGGUUCCACAGGGGCACUCCAGACCCCAGGCCCCUUUCAGAGCAAAAGCAACUGAUGCUAUGGGAGAAGCCCCUGCCCACCUGUCCACUCGCCUGGCACUGCCCACUCUGAGACCCAUGCACUGGGUUCCCCUGGAGGUGCCAACCCUGUGAGUCCCUCCUUGUCCCCGACGCUGAGAAGGCCCUGUCCUCCCCCACCAUGUGUGAGGUGAUGCCCACAAUCAAUGAGGGGGACCCCCUGGGGCCCCCUCAUGGCGCCGAUGCCGACGCCAACUUCGAGCAGCUGAUGGUGAACAUGCUGGACGAGCGGGAGAAGUUGCUGGAGUCUCUUCGGGAGAGUCAGGAGACCUUGGCGGCCACGCAGAGCCGGCUCCAGGAUGCCCUACAUGAGCGGGACCAGCUCCAGCGCCACCUUAACUCUGCCCUCCCCCAGGAAUUUGCCACCUUAACCCGGGAGCUGAGCAUGUGUCGGGAACAGCUUCUAGAGCGGGAGGAAGAGAUAUCAGAGUUGAAAGCAGAACGGAAUAACACACGGCUGCUUCUGGAACAUCUGGAGUGCCUGGUGUCCCGCCAUGAACGGUCACUGCGGAUGACUGUGGUGAAGCGCCAGGCCCAGUCACCUUCGGGGGUCUCCAGUGAGGUGGAGGUGCUGAAGGCCCUCAAGUCACUGUUUGAGCACCACAAGGCCCUGGAUGAGAAGGUGCGAGAGCGGCUCCGGGCAGCGCUGGAGCGAGUCACCACCUUGGAGGAGCAGCUGGCAGGUGCCCACCAGCAGGUGUCUGCCCUGCAGCAGGGGGCAGGGGUGCUGGAUGGAGCGGCAGAAGAGGAGGGGACUGUGGAGCUGGGGCCCAAACGCCUGUGGAAGGAGGAUGCGGGCCGGGUGGAGGAGCUGCAGGAGCUCCUGGAGAAGCAGAACUUUGAGUUGAGCCAGGCCCGGGAGCGACUGGUCACCCUGACAGCAACCGUGACUGAACUGGAGGAGGACCUGGGCACGGCCCGCCGGGACCUCAUCAAGUCGGAGGAGCUGAGCAGCAAGCAUCAGCGGGACCUCCGGGAGGCUCUGGCCCAGAAGGAGGACAUGGAAGAGCGGAUUACUACACUGGAGAAGCGCUACCUGGCUGCUCAGCGUGAGGCAACAUCCAUCCAUGACCUCAAUGACAAGCUGGAGAAUGAGUUGGCCAACAAGGAGUCCCUGCACCGCCAGUGUGAGGAGAAGGCCCGACACCUGCAGGAGCUGCUGGAGGUGGCAGAGCAGAAGCUGCAGCAGAUGAUGCGCAAGGCAGAGACGCUGCCAGAGGUGGAGGCUGAGCUGGCCCAGAGAAUUGCAGCCCUCACCAAGGCUGAAGAACGGCAUGGCAACAUUGAGGAGCACCUGCGGCAGCUGGAGGGACAGCUGGAAGAGAAGAACCAGGAGCUGGCACGGGUGCGCCAGCGGGAAAAGAUGAACGAGGACCACAACAAGCGGCUGUCGGACACAGUGGACCGGCUGCUCAGCGAGUCCGAUCGCACGCAAUAAUCCGGACACAUACAGAUCGGAAGAGCGUCGUGGGAGAAAGUGAACACGUUGAUCCAGGAGUUGGAGAGCUCCCAGCGGCAGAUUGAGGAGCAGCACCACCACAAGGGCCGCCUGUCUGAAGAGAUUGAGAAGCUGCGCCAAGAGGUGGACCAGCUGAAGGGCCGAGGGGGGCCGUUUGUGGAUGGCGUGCACUCCAGGUCGCACAUGGGCAGUGCAGCAGACGUGCGGUUCUCCCUGGGCACAACCACACACGCACCCCCAGGCGUGCAUCGCCGCUACUCGGCAUUGAGGGAAGAGUCUGCCAAGGACUGGGAGACUUCUCCAUUGCCUGGGAUGCUGGCCCCGGCAGCCACCCCUGCCUUUGACAGUGACCCUGAGAUCUCCGACGCAGAUGAGGAUGAGCCAGGGGGUCUGGUGGGCUCUGCGGACGUUGUCUCCCCCAGCGGCCACUCAGAUGCCCAGACCCUGGCCAUGAUGCUGCAGGAGCAGCUGGAUGCCAUCAAUGAGGAAAUCAGGAUGAUUCAGGAAGAGAAGGAGUCCACGGAGCUCCGGGCGGAGGAGAUUGAGACACGUGUGACCAGUGGCAGCAUGGAGGCCCUAAACCUGAAAAAGCUGCGCAAGCGCGGUUCCAUCCCCACCUCUCUGACAGCCCUGUCCCUGGCCAGCGCAUCCCCACCACUCAGCGGCCGCUCCACACCUAAGCUCACCUCCCGCAGUGCUGCCCAGGACCUGGACCGAAUGGGGGUCAUGACCCUGCCCAGUGACUUAAGAAAGCAUAGGAGGAAGCUGCUGUCGCCAGUGUCUCGGGAAGAGAACCGAGAGGAUAAAGCCACCAUAAAAUGUGAGACUUCUCCUCCUUCCUCACCCAGGACGCUGCGGCUAGAGAAGCUUGGCCACCCAGCCCUGAGCCAGGAAGAAGGCAAGAGUGCCUUGGAGGAUCAGGGCAGCAACCCCAGCAGCAGCAACAGCAGCAGCCAGGACUCCCUGCACAAGGGCGCCAAGCGCAAGGGCAUCAAGUCUUCCAUUGGCCGCCUGUUUGGGAAGAAGGAGAAGGGCAGGCUGAUCCAGCUGAGUCGGGAUGGAGCCACAGGCCAUGUUCUGCUAACAGACUCCGAGUUCAGUAUGCAGGAGCCUAUGGUGCCUGCCAAGCUGGGGACCCAGGCAGAGAAGGACCGGCGGCUAAAGAAGAAACACCAGCUGCUUGAAGAUGCCCGCAGGAAAGGAAUGCCCUUUGCCCAGUGGGAUGGUCCUACUGUGGUCUCCUGGUUGGAGCUCUGGGUGGGGAUGCCUGCCUGGUACGUGGCAGCCUGCCGAGCCAACGUCAAGAGUGGUGCCAUCAUGUCCGCUCUGUCGGACACAGAGAUCCAGCGGGAGAUCGGCAUCAGCAAUGCCCUGCACCGGCUCAAGCUCCGCCUGGCCAUUCAGGAGAUGGUGUCACUGACGAGCCCCUCUGCCCCGCCCACCUCCAGGACUUCUUCUGGGAAUGUCUGGGUCACCCAUGAAGAGAUGGAAACUCUGGAAACAUCUACUAAAACAGACAGUGAGGAGGGCAGCUGGGCUCAGACCCUGGCCUAUGGGGACAUGAACCAUGAGUGGAUUGGGAAUGAAUGGCUACCCAGCCUGGGGCUCCCGCAGUACCGCAGCUACUUCAUGGAGUGCCUGGUGGACGCCCGCAUGCUGGACCACCUCACCAAGAAGGACCUGCGGGUCCACCUGAAGAUGGUGGACAGCUUCCAUCGAACCAGUCUUCAGUAUGGCAUCAUGUGUCUGAAGAGGCUGAAUUAUGACCGGAAGGAGCUGGAGAAGAGGCGAGAGGAGAGCCAGCACGAGAUCAAGGAUGUGCUAGUCUGGACCAACGACCAGGUGGUUCAUUGGGUUCAGUCUAUUGGGCUCCGGGAUUAUGCCGGAAACCUGCAUGAGAGUGGUGUGCAUGGAGCCUUGCUGGCCCUGGACGAGAACUUCGACCACAACACACUGGCCCUGAUCCUCCAGAUCCCCACACAGAACACCCAGGCACGCCAAGUGAUGGAAAGAGAGUUCAAUAACCUGUUGGCCUUGGGCACAGACCGGAAGCUGGAUGAUGGGGAUGACAAGGUGUUCCGCCGCGCGCCCUCCUGGAGGAAGCGCUUCCGGCCGCGGGAGCACCACGGUGGCGGCGGCAUGCUCAGCGCCUCGGCAGAGACCCUCCCGGCGGGCUUCCGUGUGUCCACCCUGGGGCCCCUGCAGCCCCCACCGGCCCCGCCAAAGAAGAUCAUGCCUGAAGCUCACUCCCACUAUCUCUACGGACACAUGCUCUCCGCCUUCCGGGACUAGCCACGGCCCCCAGGGCUGGCUUCCUCCUUCUGGGUUUCACAGGCUCCACUGGUCCUGACCCCUCCUGCUCGUUCCCCUUCCUUCCGCGGCUCCUAGUCUCGUCCGUGACUUUACGGUUGCCCUGGAUCUCAGAAUAUAUUCGUCCACCCCCUCGGCACCCCACUGUCCAUUGUAAGUCUGGUGGAUGUGGCUGGGGUCUCCUGGUGUUGUGGAGGCACCCAGGUUGUCCACACUUGGGAUUCUGGGGGAAGGAGAGAAGGGCCUCCCAGGGUGGAUGUGAAGCCACCCUUCUUCUUCUGGACCCAACCUGGUCUGCACCACAGCCUCCACCAAGACCAGGAUCCUGGGCCACCAGCUGGGAUGAUCCUUCUAAGAAAGGGUCAUUUCAGACACAGCCCUGUUUGGGCUGUUCAACCUUAGGGUCUCUGUCCACGUCUGGCUGUGCCAAAUGGUUUGGCAGCUGGUUUUGGCAUCCCCAGCAUCACCACUCUCCCAACCCAUCACUGUGACUGCGGUUCCUGCCCCCAUUCUCUUGGGGACAGGGAGGGACUGGGAAGGGCUACUGAAGACCCCAUUCUCCCGCAGGAUGGUGAGGCUGGGAGGAGGAAGACUGAGGUAGAGAUUCCAGGCCCUGGCAUAAGCUGAAUCCCAAAUGUGGGUUUGGGAAGAACCAGAGAGAAAUGGAUCCCUGAGCUCUGAGCCAAGGGUGAGGAUGGGGAAACUCUAAGCCCCUGCCCAAUAAGAGGUGCAGGCAGACCAGCCAGAGGGAGAGCCGAUGGCCUCUGGGUAGCCUUAAGCCCAAAGGGCAGGGGGAAUGUCCCCUGCCCCAACCAUCGGGUGGAGCUUCUGCUGGGCUGUGGGGAAGGGAGGUUGUGUGGAUCUUGACUCUGGGGCAGAACAGAUCUAACCAUGCAUUGCUAGCUCUGCUCCCAGCAUCCCUUUCCCUUCUUUCCUCCUCUGCCUCACUUUAGUAAUCCCAGUCCUAUAAAAAUGAACAUGAUGGGUGAAUUGAAUAUACAUUGACCCUAAAGUCAAGUUUAGGGAAAAGGCAGACUGAGGCCUCUUUUCUCUGACCUCCCAGGAAGAAAAUAGCUUCUCCUACAGUGAUUCAUGUCCCAGAUUCAGGAAAACCAAUGUUAGUGAAGUCAGCCACUCUCCUGCUUGUCCCCAAAUCACCUAACCCUCAUCCAGGGCUCUUUUGGUGUACAGGGACUGCCUCCUCCUGCAAUUCCUAAGAUCCACCCAGCUUCCACCAUUUUCAUUGCUUUCCCCAGCAGCAUGGUGGGAACCUGAGCUGAGGGAUACAGGUCCUGUUUUGGUAGGAAUAUUAUUCCCAAGAAACACCCCCUCCUCAUCUACUCUCUCAUCCUACCUAGGUGCCUGAAAAUGUUCAAGACUUAUGUUCAGGGUGGGAUGAUGGAACCUAGGGCUUCAUCAAAGUGAGAGGAAAGGAAAAGCAUCUGGCACGUGUUUCUUGGAGAGGGGCCAGUGCAGUGCCAUCCUACAGGUGGCUGGAACAGCUGCUUUGCAACCUGAUCACCUUGAGUUCUGAGCAGGGGCUAGGCUUGCAGGUGAGAUAAUGGGCCAGGGCACCCAGUCCAGAAGGAGCAAUGGCACCUGGGCAGUGCCAGGGCUUAGAGCCUGCUGCUCCUUUUCAGUAGAGGAGAGGCUCAUCAGUGGUGUGGUGGGGUGGGCUCUCCCCUAGGCUUGGGCAAGGCAGCCACUUGCCCUUGCUCUCCCUUAGUGUUCCCUGGCCUCCCUGCCAUCGGUUUGCUGGGAGUGGAGAUGGAGGGAUUAUUGUGCAGAAAAUGAGUUGGAUGGAGAUAAAGGGCUUCCAUCCCUGCAUGAUGGAUGUUAAGAUGAUGGAGAUUCCUAAGAUUGGUGGAGUUGGGCAAUGCAAAGCCAUCUGACUCCUUCAGGGUGCUCUUGAUGGGCUGACUGUAUGGGAGACUCAGUCCCAGCCUCUCUCCUCUACAACUCCUGCCACUGUUGGCCAUGUCGUAAGGCAGUGGCUGUGCCAGGAUAGCUGGGUCCAUUCAGAGCACCCUGAGAAGUAUUGCAGGGAGGUGUUAAGAAGAGAAAUCUGGAGAAAUCUGUGCAAACAGUGAUGGAAGGCUAUUGUCUUGGUGUAUCCCUUGCCUCAUAGUCGAUAUAUUUUUUUCUUUGGCGAGUCACCAGUGACCCGAGCCCUCCACACCAGCCUCCUGUAUCUCAUCAGGUCCCUUCUCAGUACUGUACUCGCUCAGUGCAUCAGGAAUGGGUGUAUGGGUGUGUGUGGGUGUGAGUGUGGGUGUGUACGUACUAAUAAACAACCUGGUUUUAAGAUAAUGUA